AUGCCUAACGCCGGUGAAGCGCCUCCCAUCCUAGACUUCUCAAAGUUCUACCAGAACGACCCAGCAUCCAAGAAACAACUCGUAGAGGAAGUGCGAAACUGUUGCCUGCAUAAUGGGUUCUUCCAGAUCACGGGUCAUAAUGUACCAAUCGAGCUGCAGAACAGGAUGAUGGACUGGAACAAGAAGUUCUUCGAUCUACCACUGGAAGAGAAGAACAAAGUAAACAAGGACACAACCAACACCUGGAACCGGGGCUACGAGCUCCUCGAAUCGCAAAUCCUCGAAGCCGGCACCACGCCCGAACUAAAAGAAGGCUUCUACAUCGGCGACGAAAUCCCAAAAACACACCCCUACUUCAUCAACAAGAAACUCAACUCCGGACCCAACAUAUGGCCGUCCGCCGCCACCCUACCCAAAGUCCAAGACUUCAAAGAAACAUCCUUGGAAUACUACACCCGCGUCGUCACCCUCGCAAAAGACAUCUUGAAAGUCCUCGCCUUGACACUCGAUUUGGAAGAAACCUACUUCAACGCCUUCGCCACAGGCGCAGUAGCAACAAUGCGCCUCCUGCACUACCCGCCCCAACCACCCUCAAGCCCCACGCACCUCACCCGCGGCAUAGGCGCCCACACAGAUUUCGGCUGCAUAACUAUCCUCCUCCAAGACACCGUGUCCGGCCUGCAAGUCUACGACCACGCCACGAAAGAAUGGCUCGAUGUAACCCCCACACCCGGUGCUUUCGUCAUCAACCUGGGUAACCUGAUGAUGCGGUGGAGUAACGACCGGGGGGAGGGGGAGGGGGUGAGGUGGGCGGAGAUUACGGUUGAAGAGGCGAUUUUGGGGGGGUAUAGGGAGAGUUAUGGGAGGGCGGAGGAGUGGAAGAGGGGUCAGGAGGAGACGAAGAGAGGGGAGAGCGCGGAAAUGGAUGUUGGGGCGCAGGAGGUGGUUGUUGCGUAG